UCAAUCAGUGUUCCAGCAUAGACAGCUGAGCGUAAUUUACUUCUGUGGAUGUGAUUGGACAUUGAGCUCUUCUGGUUUCACUUUUAAAUGGCAUUUUUGGAAGCUCAAGACAUGGGUCAGCUGAUGGGCAAAAUGGCUUCUUGGGGUUUUGCAAGCCAGUUGUUCCUCUUUGCUCUCUUGGGUUGGAAUGCUCUUUCCUCUCCUAUUAAGGAUCUGAGUCGACAGGAUCGUCUCAAAGGCAAUAUGGGGUGGAGCUCCGACCAUCAGAAUGAUAUGGCUUCAGAUUCUGGGGUUGUGUCCCCAACUGGUUCUGUGUCAUGGGUGGUGACCAGGCCGCCACGAAAAGCUUGGUCUGGAUUCCCCUCCAGUCCCAGUGAUGCUGUCCCUUGGAUGGCAGAAGUGCCAAAAGAGAAAGUGCUGGGACCCCGUUCGAAUCCUGACGGUUCUGUUGCCUCGAUGAUUGUGGCACCUCCAAAUCUGCCUGGGCCCUCUUCAAAUCCUGAAGGCCCUGCUGUCUCGUGGCUUGUGGAACCCCCAAAAUUGCCAAGUCAUCUUUUAAAUCCUGAAGAUCCUGCCAUGUCGUGGCUUGUGGAACCCUCAAAACUGCCUGGUCUCACUUCAAAUCUUGAGGGUCCUUCUGUGUCGUGGGCAGUUGUGAAUCCCCCAAAACUACCUUCUCCCCCACUUACUCCAAGUGGUCCUACACGCCCAUGGCAAGUGACUGCUCCCUCAAAGAAACAGAGUUCCCUGCUGAAUCCAGAAGGUCUUCCACUGUCAUGGGUUUCCCCAAAAUUCCAGUCUUCUAAUUCUAAGGGCUCCUCUUCAUGGGUUGUCAAGCCCCCAAAGUUGUCUGGUACCCCUUCUAGCACUGAUCCUUCAGUCUCGUGGGCUGUAAAUACUCGUGAAGUGCCUGAAGCCCCAGCUAAUCCAGAAGGACCUUCUGUGUCCUGGUUGGAUGCUCUAUCAAGGAAACCAAGCUUCCCAAUGCUUUCUGAAGGUCCUGCCCCAUGGGUAACAUCAGAAAUUACAGAUCCCUCUGGCACUGAGGAGAUUGGAACGACACCUACUGAUGAAUCCCUAGCCGAACCUCAGCUUGGACAUGAAGUUGACCUUUCAUUUCAGUCAGCAGUUCCUCAAAUGGAAGGAGGCUCUGAGCAUAACGACCCAGAAAUGGACACAGAGGGGGUAGAUGCUGUUAUGCCAUACGCACCCAUGUUCCAGGGAGGUACGCUGAAGAACUCUGAAGCUGUCUACGAGCAAGGGAACUCUGAGAAGAUGACAGAUUACGUUGACUCGAUGUCUCCUUAUGCCUUUGGUAGUAUGCAAAGUUCCUUUUCCCCCUACAUCAAACCAAGAUUACCAAACCUGUUCUACCUCUUCGUGACGGGCCAGCUUCCUCACGGCACGGUGUCUCACAUGCAGUCAGAGUUUGAGGUUGGCAGAGACCGUACAACUCAAGUUGGCUACGAGCAGUUCGUCUUCCCUGGUAACUCUCAGAAGUCUUCCCAGACUCUGGUUCCCCCAGAGCAGCAGCAGCUACUCCAAGAAUUUCAAAGCUGAAAAGGAUUGUGGACUAAAUAUUCAAGUGACUUGAAAGAAUCAGGGUAAAGGCAUUUGUGCAGUUUAUUGUAUUUGACUUCAAGUUGCUUGAAUUGAAAGUUUUCAAUAAAAAGUUAAAUUAAA